AUGGUUGCCGCAUCUUGUGCGGCGUGGGCCACCCAAAAUUUCGCCAUUCAGCAGCCAACCGAGCUGUUGGUGAGACUGGCGAUAUCGCUGCCCAAGCUACAACCAACGAGUCGAACGGAUGGGAUCGCUAAAACUGGAUUGGGGACGCGACGUGCUGCUGGAAUUUAUGGAUAA